ACAAACUUUAAUGGAACGCCCGUGGGAAAUUUUUACCAAAAGCACCACAACUCUUACAUAUCUUUCUAUUUUAGCCCACUUAAUUUAUAAAAGAGAUUCUCAGGUCCCAUUCCCCCUCUCUCUCUCUCUCUCUCUCUCUCUCUCUCUGCGUGCUUGGACAGAACAGAAGAAGAUCCUGCUGAGAGUCGACUCCAUGGAAGUUACAGCCACAGGGAGUACAGUCACAUACCUAGAAGAUUCGAUUGCAGAACCCCGCGAGGGGAUGGAAUUCGACUCUGAGGAUGCUGCAAAGAUGUUCUACGACGAUUAUGCGAGGCGGGUAGGGUUUGUCAUGCGUGUAAUGUCUUGCCGUCGGUCUGAGAAAGAUGGACGAAUCCUUGCUCGGAGAUUUGGGUGUAACAAAGAAGGUCAUUGCCUUAGCAUCCGCGGUAAGUUUGGGACUGUCAGAAAACCGAGGCCUAGCACGAGGGAAGGCUGCAAGGCAAUGAUUCACGUAAAGUAUGAUAGGUCUGGCAAAUGGGUUAUAACCAAAUUCGUGAAAGAACAUAACCAUCCCCUCGUGGUUUCGCAGCGUGAGGCUCGUCAGAUUAUGGACGAGAAGGAUAAGAAAAUCCAGGAACUGAACAUAGAGCUACGCAACAAGAAACGGCUAUGUGCAGCAUAUAAGGAACAGCUAGAUGCAUUUGCAAAGAUUGUCGAAGAGCAUUGCAAUCAUUUAUCGAAGAAAGUUCAGAACGUGGUGAACAACCUCAAGGAAUUCGAGUCUUUAGAGCACGAGCUUCUGCAACAUAGACGGGCCAUGUAGCUUAAAACGUGCAGGUUCGCCAUUCUUUUAAGAUUGGUAAAGCUCGAUCUUGAAUCCGUGCUGUCUAAUCUUAUUAGGUUUGGUCUGAAGCUUUAAACUCGGACAAUCUCUGAUUCUUUCUGACUCUUGUGUAUUGUAAUGAAUGAAAUCAAGAAAGCAUAGGUUUAGAAGAGUUAGGGUUCUGAGAGGAUAGAUAGAUACCCAUCCCUGAAUUUCAGGACAUGAACGAACUAUUUGUUGUAUGAAAACAGACACAAGAUCUCA